GUCUAAAUGUUGGAAAAUCACAUUGCUAAGAAAUCCAGGAAAUUUUGACGCGACUGUUUAUCCUGUUAUCGAUGACUUGGUUGUGAGUUUUAUAUAAGACAGUGGUUUAAAAUGUGAAUGGAUAAUAGAGUAAGGAAUCUUUGUUUUGUAUGAAAAGCUGUGACGACUGUCUACGGACUUAGUGAAGGCACGACGUUGGAAGCACACACUUAUGUCUCUAUUUUUGUAUGCUUUGUAUCCAAUACAAGGUGUUUCAUCAGUACCAAAGCUUUUCCUCAUCUUAUGGACAUUACUACUACAGCUCCCCAAUAUCGAUAUAUAAAUAUAUAGAGUGAUAAAGGAAUCCCAACUGUCAGUCAAGUUUCAGAAUCUGGCCUGUUUCUAUAAAAGCAGUGUGUGAUGCUCCGCUGGAUUCUCGGUACUCGCGGCUCACAUGGCUCGGCUGAGAUACAGAAUCGCUAUGCUGCCCUUUGUAUUGGAGAGGAACAGCCCAAAAACUGUUACACUGAGCUGCAGGUGCUCAGAGGCCAUUUUGACAUUGUUAGAUUUCUGGUGCAGAUUGAUGACUUCAGAUUUGCAUCAGCGGGGGAUGACGGGAUGGUGCUUGUAUGGAAUGUUGAGACUGGAGAGCGGCUGCUAGAAUUACGAGCUCAUACUCAACAGAUCACGGCUUUGACGGUGUACACAUGUACCAGCACAGAAAAACCCCUCACAGCCCUUAUAACAGCUUCAUCAGACCGCAUGAUGUGUCUAUGGGAUGCGGACACAGGACACCGAGUACGCACCGUGUCCAAUCUACCAUCUUCUGUUAAGAGUCUUCUGGUGUUGGAUCAUCUGGACCUGUUCCUCUCUGGAGGUAAUGAGCUGUGUGUAUGGAAUAAAGAAUUUCAGCUACAGUGUAAGACGGACCAUUACAGAGACUCAGGCAUCACUGCAUUAAUGGAUUUGCCCAAAUGCUGUGUUGCUGCUGCCAUUGACAAAGAGAUUGUCAUUUUUAAGCUGAAUCAGUCUGAAGCCGAAAUGUCGAUCUUGGCUGUCCGUCAUCUGACUGAUCACCAAGACACAAUCCGGACACUUAUCAGAGUCAAUGAUGAUAUGUUUGCUAGUGGCUCUCACAUCGGAGAAGUCAUCCUCUGGGAUACCCUUGACUGGACAAUCCAGGCAUAUGAGCGAAUUUUAUGGGAGGAACCAGAUCAUGAGGUUCAAACAGAAAUCAAAAUGGGGCAGCAGAAACAGAGCGAAGCUUCUAUUCAGCACCUGCACUCAGAUGGAGAGCGAGUAGUUGCAGCAGUGGGCAGUGGGCUGUUUGUGUAUAACACAAGGACGAAGACAGUGGUGGCAUAUAGGAAGUUUGCUCAUGACUCUGAUGUUCUAUAUACUACGCUGCUGCACAAUGGGCAGGUGAUGUCGUGUUCUGAAGAUGGCAGUGUCAGGAUCUGGGAGUUGCUGGAGCUCCCCCUACCUGCAGAGCCUGCCUCCUCAGGCUUUUUCGGCUUGUUUAGCACCAUUGGAAGAUCCGGUAAACAGGGUAGUGUGCCAUCUAAGAAGCUUCUGGAAGUUUCUGGUCUGUGCUCACUGGAGUUGGUUGGUGAUCUGAUUGGUCACUCUGGAGCUGUGCAGAUGUUUCUGAGUUUUGGCAGGAGAGGAGUGGUCACUUGCUCAGCCGAUCAUCUGCUCAUCGUGUGGAAAGACGGAGAAAGAGAGUCGCAUCUGCGCAGUCUCGCUCUGUUCCUGAAGAUGGAGGAGAAAGGCUGCCUCUGAACCUUCUCAUUCUCCCUCUCACCUACAAAAAUGACAUGAUCUCAGUAGGGCUCGGUGAGGAACGGGAUGCCAGGGUUUCCAAAAUGCAGCCUGCAAAGAACAAUGAAUCUUUUUUAUUAUUAUUUUUUAGGUUUUUAUUUAUUUUUUUAAGCAUGAAUAAGCACGAGUGCUGAAUAGAGCUCAAGUCUAUAAUCGGCAUCUCACUCUGAAUGUCUCUGCUAGUUAGUGGGAGUUGUUGUUGUUGUUGCCAUUUUAUUCCUGCUUUUUACUGACAAAUAUGACUGAACAAAAAAGUAAGACAACUGUUACUGCUACUGAGCAUGCUUAUAUUUUAAUUGAAAGAGAGUUUCAUUUUUAAAAUGCUAAGCUUGAUUGUCCUUAAGCAUUUUUGACAAAUCAGUGUAUGUAUGAUUUUGAAUGUAUUUAGUGAAUGAUUUGUUAGUGGGUAUACAAUGAUUUAAAGUUUUAUUAAUCAACAAUAUAAAUGGUUGUUAAGGAAAGACCAUUUUGGGGAGGAGGUCAUGGAGGGAAAAAGCUUAUUGUUCCUGGGAUCCUCCAUAGCCCUGUAUAGGAUAGUCCCUAUAAUAUUCUUAGUAUUAUGAAACUUUUAUUAGAUUUAUUACAAAGAUGGGUCACAUGAGGGUUUUUGUGGCCUAAUAUUAGGUGAAAGAUGGCAACCCCAUGCCUUCAACUAGAGCUUUGUUCUUUGUAGAUCACACUAACCGCUGUAUGAGCACAGAACCUACAGAGCAAGUGACCUAGAACAAAAAGCUCUGACCGGACCCUAGUGUGAGUUUACUAGUGAUUUAGCCAGUUACCAUUAACUAGCGGCCUAAAAAACAAGCACGUUUUGAGGAGUAAUGACUUCAUCCCUGAUCACUCAGUGUGCUGUUUUGUACAGAGCCACAUUUGACUGGUAUCCUUUCAUGGAGCUUCAAGUCUGAUUGCAGGUAGCUUUCUGAAAGACAGCUUUCACUGCAGUUUACAAUUAUGCACGACUGCCAACGUGACUUCUAACCAGAAAUGCCAUGUUUUACACAAUAAUCAAUGUUUUUCUUUUUCAUUUUUACAUGUUGCAUCAUUGAACUGUUUCACAAAACAAGUGUUAUAAUGGUUUACUGUGUGAGUGACUUCUUACAAGUAGCUAUAGAAAAAAAAAAUUAAAUAAACCAUCCAUUGUUCUUGCCAGUA